CCUCUUAUUCACUCUCUUUUGUUUCUCUUUCUCUUCUUCUUCUCUCUCAUUCUCUACGCGAUCUCUUUCACUGACUUUCCAUUCCGAAUGUUUUCACCACAAAUAACUACAAAAUCCUUCUCUAUUUGUCGCAUUUUCCGUGUCUUUUGGGUCUCUCUCUCGAGGACCUCCGAACCUGUUCAUGAAAUUUUCUCACUCAGAUUUGAGCUGAAAAUUACACACUAGGUUCAGUUCAGCUUUAAGGAUUUCAUUAAUUGAAGUUUUUUUGCAAUAACUUCAAUAUCUGAUUCCUGUCUCUCUUAAGUUACUGCCUUUGAAUUUUGUAAAUCUCUAUUACUAUUUAAGGUUUAUGGCUGGAUCACGGUGUUUAAAAAUCCGUCUAAUGAUGUGAAAUGAUAGAACUUUUUGAACUAUUAUCAGUAUCCUUCCAAGAAACCUGGUUGUGAGAUCUCAAUUUAGAAAGUACAAAUAUGCCUUCAUGGUGGGGGAAAUUAUCAUCAAAAGAAACCAAGAAGAAAGCAAGUAAGGAAAGUAUUUUUGACACAUUGCACCGAAAAUUUAGAUUUCCAUCUGAGGGUAAACUAAGCACUAUAUCAGGAGAAUCACGUAGACGAUGCAGUGACACAAUUUCAGAGAAAGGGGAUCGUUCUCCAUCUGAAUCAAGAUCUCCUUCACCUUCCAAAGUAGCAAGGUGUCAAAGUUUUUCCGAAAGGCCUCAUGCUCAGCCACUUCCACUUCCUGGUCUGCACCCUUCAAGUGUAGGUCGAGUGGAUUCUGAAAUUAGUAUAUCAGUGAAAUCAAGACUUGAAAAGAGCUCCAAGCCGUCAUUGUUUCUUCCUCUUCCAAAACCUGCAUGCAUACGUUGUGGACCAAGUCCUGCAGAUUUGGAUGGAGAUUUGGUCACUAAUUCAGUCUUCAGUGAUUGCUCUGCCGAUAGUGAUGAGCCAGCAGACUCACGCAAUCGUAGUCCUCUGGCAACUGACUCUGAAACCGGGACUAGAACUGCUGCUGGAAGUCCUUCCAGCUUGAUGCUCAAGGAUCAAACUUCUGCUGUUUCCCAACUGAAUUCAAGAGAAGUCAAAAAACCGACAAACAUUCUAAGUAAUCACACGUCUUCUACUUCACCAAAACGGAGGCCUUUACGCAACCACGUACCAAAUCUUCAGGUUCCUCCCCACGGUGUCUUUUAUAGUGGUCCUGACAGUUCCUUGUCAAGUCCAUCAAGAAGUCCAUUGAGGGCAUUUGGUACAGAUCAGGUAUUGAACUCUGCUUUUUGGGCCGGAAAGCCAUAUCCAGAGGUCAAUUUCCUUGGAUCUGGGCACUGCUCUAGUCCAGGUUCUGGUCACAACUCUGGGCAUAAUUCAAUGGGAGGGGACAUGUCGGGACCAUUAUUUUGGCAACCAAGCAGGGGUAGCCCUGAGUAUUCUCCGGUACCGAGUCCUAGAAUGACUAGCCCUGGUCCAAGCUCUAGAAUUCAGAGUGGAGCUGUCACACCUAUUCAUCCUCGAGCAGCAGGAACGCCAACUGAAUCACAAUCAGGAUGGGUUGAUGAUGGAAAACAACAGAGUCAUCGUUUGCCCCUCCCUCCUUUAACUGUUACCAAUUCCUCGCUGUUUUCUCACUCUAAUUCUGCAGCAACAUCUCCAUCUAUGCCAAGAAGUCCAGCUAGAGCAGAUAGUCCAAUGAGCUCUGGUUCACGUUGGAAAAAAGGAAAGCUGCUUGGCAGAGGCACAUUUGGACACGUCUAUAUUGGCUUCAAUAGUGAAAGUGGUGAAAUGUGUGCAAUGAAGGAGGUUACUAUGUUUUCAGAUGAUGCCAAGUCUAUGGAAAGUGCUAAGCAAUUAAUGCAGGAAAUUCAUUUAUUGAGCCGUUUAAGGCAUCCAAAUAUUGUGCAGUAUUAUGGCUCUGAAACAGUUGACGACAAGCUUUACAUAUACCUCGAGUAUGUAUCUGGAGGCUCCAUACAUAAACUUCUUCAAGAAUAUGGGCAAUUCGGUGAACUAGCUAUUCGUAGUUAUACUCAACAAAUUUUGUCAGGGCUUGCUUAUUUACAUGCUAAAAAUACUCUUCACAGGGACAUCAAAGGAGCAAACAUACUGGUAGAUCCAAAUGGUCGGGUCAAGGUUGCAGACUUUGGCAUGGCAAAACAUGUUAUAAAAAACUCUAAGGGAUGCAGCCUUGCUGUGGAUAUAUGGAGUCUUGGAUGCACAGUUUUGGAAAUGGCUACAACUAAGCCUCCUUGGUCUCAAUAUGAAGGGGUUGCUGCUAUGUUCAAAAUUGGUAACAGCAAGGAGCUUCCAGCAAUCCCAGAUCAUCUCUCAAAUGAAGGAAAAGAUUUUGUUAGAAAAUGUCUACAACGUAAUCCACGUGAUCGCCCUUCAGCAAUUGAAUUAUUGGACCACCCUUUUGUAAAAUCUGCUGGACCUUUGGAAAGACCUAUUAUGGUUCCUGAAGCUUCAGACACUAUGUCUGGAAUUACACACGGAACAAAAGCUCUGGGCAUUGGACAAGGAAGAAAUCCGUCUGCCUUGGAUUCAGAUAAACUCUCCGUUCAUUCUUCUAGGGUUUUGAAAAGUAAUCCUCAUGAAAGUGAAAUCCAUAUUUCAAGGAAUAUAUCUUGCCCAGUCUCUCCCAUUGGAAGCCCACUUUUGAGGUCAAGAUCACCACAACAGAGAAGUGGAAGAUUGUCUCCUUCUCCUAUAUCUAGCCCUCGGACUGCUUCGGGUGCAUCCACGCCUCUCACUGGCGGCAGUGGUGCCAUUCCAUUCAGUAAUAACCUAAAACAGUCAGUUUACUUUCAAGAAUGUCUUGGAAGCAUGCCGAAAUCCUCAAACAGUGUCUACAUUAACGGCUCCACUCAUCACGACUCAAAUAUUGACAUUUUUCGAGGAAUGCAAAUUGGGCCACACAUUAAAUCAGAUCUUGUCUCCAGUGAAAAUGAUGUUCUCGGUAAGCAGUUUGUCAGGUCUCCUCAUGUAGAGCCGUAUGACUUUCAGUCAGUCUUGGCUGAUCGUGUUGGCCGGCAGUUGCUCGGGGACCAUGUUAAGAUUAACCCUUCGUUCGAUCCAUGUCCCAGUCCGUCAUUGCUCAACCGAACAAACGGUUUAUGACAUCAGGAAUCCGGAAUUUUGCUUGACCACUAAUCUGAUCAGCUUUUGAAGUUUCCCAAUAUACCGUCAAUUACACAGAUCGGUUCAUUGUUAUAUUUGUAAGGAUAUAAUAAUACAAUAAGGACCCAAAUCACUAGAGAGAAUCUGUGUAAAUAAAAUUGCAGAGGUGCAUUUUGCAUGGCUUCAAGUUUGAGCGGAGAUCAAUCUUUACAUAUGAAGUGCCACAAAAAUGUCACAACAUGAAACUUUCUGAUCUCAAUCAAAAAAGGCUCUCACUUGUUGGCCAAGAGAGGAACUCGUUUGCAUGCAUCAUCAUGUUCAAGAUGCAACAUCAACUUAUGAGAGGCCAGAAGCAUAGAUUUCUCUACGUGCUUAAGAAAUGACUAGAGUUAAUGCAAUGAAUGACAAAUGCAAUUUUUCGAACCCCAUAUAAUGCCAAAAAAUAGUUGAAUUGGUUCAAAACUUUUAACUCGUAGACUAUUUGUUUUGGGAAGUAAGACAUUGUUGUACAUAAGAUGGAAACUUUAUCGAUGGCAAAUUAAGGUUAUGUAAAAGCUCAUGCAUCUUAUGUUUAAUUGUUGGCUCAAAUGUAUUACUGUCAUUGUAUCUUUUUCUGUACAUUUCAUCUGUAAAAUCCAAGAAAUUUAAUCUUGUGAUCCUCUCAUUGGUUUGAUGUAUUUGGUUGUUACAAUAUUAGGCGACUUUACAAGUUACAACUAGAAUUUGUGAGUUUUAAGUUACUCUACAAUAA